ACGAAUUUUCAAACCGUAUCGUUUACCUGAACCGAACCGGACUCGGCAGCCAAAUAGCGCCAAUAAUUGAAGUUGGGUUUGGUCCUCAAAAGACAUAUUUAUGUUCUGUAGAUUCGUGAAAGAAGUGGUUUCUAGUUUCAGCUGAUUGAUUGCAGAGAACACAUGGGAUCAAAUUCGUUAUCUUUCGUUGGCUAAUUUCUAUCAAUCAGUCUCCAUCUCUGCUCCGGUUUCUUCUUCGAAUAUCCCUAGAACACGCCCAACCAAAAAGUGUUAACCAUGGAGAAGGUUUCAGCAGCUUCCGCCAUGGAUUGGAGCAUCAAGCUCGAGAAAACCCUUCGUUCUAAAAAUCCAGUUAGAGCUGUCGAAGCUAUCUUGGAGACUGGUAGGAAGCUUGAACAGUGGAGCAAAGAACCAGAGCCUGCAAUUGCGGUUUACAAUUUGUUUGGUUUGAUUCCUGAAGAAGACAAGCUCUUUUCCAAUACUAUCUUGUUGAGGCUAGUUGACGCGUUUUGCUUUGGGGAUAGGCUUGUUAAGCUUGCCGUUGUCCGGGUUUUUAUGUCUAUGUUCAAGCUAAGCCAAGGGAAGAACAAGAGUGAAUGCGCAACUUGUUUUUUGUCAAAGGCUAGGGUGCAUAACCACUUGGAAAUGCUUCAACGAGUGAAGAAUGUUUAUGAUAAGGGUGAUAAUGAGGCAAAAGCUUUGGCUUUGGUUCUGUUUGGUUGUUGGAGAGAUUUCGCUAGCGAAAUUGCUCCGGUACGGUUCUUGAUUCUCACCAGUAUGGUUUCUUCGCAUGAUCUGGAGGUAAGAUCAUCUCUGUUUGCUGCAGCUUGCUUUUGUGAAGUAGCAGAUGACUUUGCAUUGGUUGUUUUGGGGAUGUUAAAUGACAUGGUCAAGUUCCCGGAAUUAAUGCCAAAGACCAGAUUAGCUGCUGUGCGGGUUUUUGCAAAAAUGGGAUGCUCACAUGCAAUUGCUAAUAAAGCAUUCAAGAUCUGUAUGAAGCUAAUGCUGAUGUCUUCAAAUGAGGAAAAUUUGGUUCCAUUCCUGGUUUCCCUGACUAAGCUUGCUUCAAGAUCAACUCAUCUUGUUUCUGAACUGGCAGAGGUUAUCGUGCCAUUUCUGGGUGAGGAUAAGACCUCUCAUAUUCGAGCUGCGGUAUUAAGAUGUCUCCACUUUCUCAUUGAAAGAGGGAUGUGCUUCUCUCUUGUCCAUGAAAGCGAAACUGCAAAAUUUUCCAGCUUACUAAAACAAGCAGAUCUCUCACCAGAUAUGCAGCUUAAAGCUCUUCAAGUUUUUCAAAAGAUACUUGUCUACAAACUAUGUAUGGCUGAUGCGUCUGAAUUGCAUCAGCUCGUAGAUAUUGUUGGUAAUGCGUCUCAUUUGCCGAUCUUCUCUGGCGGUUAUUUAGCUAUCAGUAUUUUGGUGGAUAUAUGGAAACAAAUAGUCCGGACAGCAGAAAUAAGAUCAGUUGAGGUUUCUUCCACAUCUCUGCCGCUCCAGCUCGUUGUGCUAAUCAUGGACAAGGUCACAUUGCUGGGAAAAUUAUGUUCUGAUCCUUUUCAGGUUGACUCUGAACUACUUGGUGAGGUUCAAGACCUCUUCAAUGUUCUCCUCCUAUUAGUUGGAAAAAACUCGGAAAUGAGGUUGCUAGUUCUUGAAAAAGUCAGGUUAUUCCUAGAGUAUAUUGUGAGCUUGACAGAUAGCUUAAGAAAAACAGAUGGAGCUCAUGAUCUGCUGCUUGGUGUUAUCAGUUAUAAAGGUAAAAGAGGGGCGGUCGUGAGGUCAGAGCUUCUAGCAUCGAUACACAAGUUCCUGAUAGUAUUCUUGGAGAAUCUCGAGGCUGAUGAUCUUGGUGUUUUGUCUCAAGUUUAUGAAAAAGUGAAGCAUAUCACUGAGUAUGUACGUUCAUGCAGCUUCUUUGAUUACCACGCACAGAUGAGAUUUACACUGCUAUUACAUUCUCCAAUUCUUUGGGGACUCCCUCUGAUUGAGAUAGCGAGCAAUAACGAUGCAGAUGGAAAUUCGGGCGCAUCACUUGUUGCUGAUAUAUUUAACUAUGGAAUCGUUUCUCUUGAAUGUUCUACUCAGCUUUUAACGGAGAGAAACUACUGGCCUGCUUAUAGAGCUGGUAUUUACGCAGCACGGUUGGGUGCAUGGGUUACAUCUGCUUUGAUUUUUGACCAACUUAAGACCAAUGUCCAGUCUGCUACUAACUGUUUUUGGUUAAAGUCAUUAACUUAUUUAUCUCAUGCUGAAGGGAAAUUCCAACUGCUUCUCGUGCCAAGGGAUAGUUUCAAGUUAGUCAAUUGGUUGAGAAGUAGCGGUUACUUACCAGAACUCUCCAAAGAUGCAUCUGGAGAGUUCUUCCACUGUGUAGCUCUUCAUGAAGCAUAUAUGAAUUUGCAAUCAUCUUUGGGAAUGUUGGGAAAUAUUAUAGCAUCGAGUGAAGUGCUCUGUUUCCAAACGUGGUUUUUGGUUCUAAAGAUUCGGGUACUGGAAACUGUGAUUGAUCUCGUCGAAUCACUCGGGCUGCUUAACCAAGAUAUCUGUAACAAGAAGCAUGUGGACGAAAAGAUCUUGACGGGUUGCGAUUCUAUGCAACAGCUUCCUCGUAUCUCGGCUCAGUUUCAAAAGUUGGCAAAAGAAUUUGAUAUGUUGGGGAUGUGUUUUAUUGACAUAGAUGACAGCAGCUCUAGUGUUAUCACAAAUCUUUCACUGAGCUGUUCUGUUCUGGCUUUUGCUGCUGGAAUUGUUCUUUUCCUUCCAGAUUUUUCUUUUCAUGAAACUUCGGUUCCUUUCACUUCACAAACCGGUGUUUGCUCGAGGCUUGUUCAAGAUUUAGUUGGACGGCUAUGGAAAGUGGACCCUGAAAGCUGUGAAAAACUUAACAUACUCGUGAAGGCAAACGAAUUACAAAACUGUUUUCACCUGCAAUCUAGGAAUCAGGUAAUGAGAGUCUGUAGCAAGGUGAAGAUGUUGCUCUCUAUUUGCAGAGAUGUUCUUGCAUACACUCAUGGAUUGCAGAAUCAGUCAAAUUCAUUGCACGAAAAAGACAUUAUGUCUGAGAUUACUAAGAGUUACAGGAAUCUACUCUCACAAGAAGUUAUGAAAUGGAUGCAGAUUCCUUUUGGCAUUCCAAAGUAUUUCUUCAACAUAAGGCCUUGUGUUGGUGCUGAGCUAUUUGCUCUUAGUUCAGACAGUAGCAAGAGUACUCCUGAUACUAUGUUAGUGGAACAAGGGUUUCAGCUGACACUGGAUCUUUGUCUUCAACCAAGAGUCCCUCUUCGACUAACAAAACUGUAUUGCCUCCUCUAUUCUAAACUAGCUUAUCACACCCCGACGCAACACGGAGAAACCAAGAGAAAACAAAAGUCUUACUCCCCCUGGAGAGAUGAAGAUCUGGUAGAAAUGAGUAACAAACUGUUUCGUCAUGCUAUUACAAAGUCUGGUAAGAAGCCGGAAGUUUCAGGUCGAUUUGAUUGGAACAAGAAUGGUGUUUCUGUAGUUGUGGAGUUGGAACCUAAUGAGAGAGGACUAGGUUUUUCUAGCUGCUUGCUAGAUGUUUCGCGUUUUCCAGUUGGUUCAUAUCAGAUAAAAUGGCUAAGCUGUUGCAUUGAUCAACACGGUUCUUACUGGAAUCUUCUACCUCUCAAUGGCAAACCUGUGUUUACAGUUAAGAAAGCUUCAUGACUAAAAUUUUGUGGUCUUGUUGAUUAUGUUAUGUAAUUCGAUUGUAGAAUGGGAUCCAUGACAUAAAUAAAUAAGAGGUAGAAAGUUUUGUUUGACUAAUAUACACAUGGGGUCCUGUGAAACGCUAAAUUCAAU